AUGCCAUGUAAAGAAGAAGAAUUACUAUCAGAUAUUUUGGAAUGUCAGCGAAUUCUUGAUAAAAUAUAUGGAUAUACCUCUGAAUUUUUAUAUAAUAAUACAAUAGAGGAUUUUCUUAACAAUAUUUGUAGAACUAAUAUAGCUAAUCAUAAUUUUCAAGGUAGUUUCUUCUCUGAUAAUAAAUUAAAUGAUGAAUGGCUUAAUCUAAAUGUAUAUUUAAAAUCUAGAAAUUGUGGAAGAUGUAUUAAGCAUGCUAAAUUGAUGUUUGAUAUCAUUAUGAAACUAUUAAAUACUCUACCCUUCAGUGUAUAUCUUAUAUUCAUUCCUUUAUCAAAUGACAAUAUUGAUACAAGUCCAGUAGUAUCUAUAUGUAAAGUAUGGAGAGAUGUAUUAUAUGGUAUAAGUGAUGGAGAUUAUAAAAUAGAGAAAAUAUUAGAUUUAUUAAAAUAUAUAUCUUUACAAUAUCCAGAAGAUGAUCCUAUAGAAAAUAAAAUAGAAAAUCCCUCAUCUAAUAAUGAAAAUGAUAAUAUCUCAUCAAAUUCUUCAUCUAAAUUAUUUCAUUAUUCUAGUAAAGAUGCCUAUAUACUUUUAGAAUUUGGUUUAGAUUUUUUUUAUUAUAUAUUAUAUUCAUUGGAUAAUUUAAAUUAUAUUAUCUCAAUAAACUUCUUAUCAACCAAAUUGUUCCAAUCAUGUACAAGAUAUAUUCUGCAAAUAUAUAUUCCUGUUCUAAAACUCAUAUUAUCUACUUCUUUUAUUUAUGAUAUAAUAACCUCAAAUAAAAAUAUUAUUCUAUAUAAUGUAGGUAUACAAUUAUUAAGAAUCAAAACUUUGAAAUUAUAUCAACGCCUUAUUCCUUUAUGCUCAUAUGAUAAAAAUUAUAUUCCAAUUUCUAGAAUAUUUGAUGAUAAUUGUAAAGACUGUAUAUUUGAUAGUAUGAUGGAUUUAUUAUCACCUGAAUUUGCUAGGUUGUUUAUCUCACAUUCAAAAAGUUGCUCAUCUUAUGAUAUACAUCUCAGUAUAUUACAAAUACAAAAAAAUUGUUUAUUAUUAUUGUAUAAUUUUUGUAAAUAUUGGAAUAUUAAAACAACUAUUGACAUAUUAUUUAGUAUAAAAACUUGCAAUAUUAAUCAUACCAAUUUUCCUCCUUUCUUAAAUAAUUUUGAUAAUUGGAGUACUAAAGAAAAUUCACUAAAUUCAGGUUCUUCUAAUUGCAAUAUAUUUUCAGAAGCACCAGAAAUGUUCUCAAAUAUAAUUUAUAGAGUUAUUUCUUUAUCUAUAUAUCAUGCAACACAAAUUCAACAAUCUAAUAAAAGUCCAGAAUCUGAUUCAGCUCAUUAUAAUGAUUAUUAUAACAAUCAAAUAUCCCUUGUCAAGAUAUCUAUUAAAAUAAUAUCAUUUACUAUGAAUUCUGUACUUUCAUUAAAUAGUGAGGAAGAUGCAAAUUCAGAAUUAAGUAUCAUAGUAUCUAGAUCAAUUUCUAAGUUGGCACCAUUUAUUUUAUGGUUAUGUGAAUUUGUCUUUGAAUUUAAGCAACAAAUUCCAUCAAUUAUAAAUAUUUUGGAAGAAGUAAAUAUUAUUAGAGUUAGAUUACCUUUCUUAACAACUAUACAAGAGAAUACUUUUCAGAAAUCACAAACAGAGAUUACUACUUCAGAGAAAUAA